UCACAGAGAAGAAACAAAUAGGUGGCGUUUCUCUGUUGAAGAACAGUUUACUCCUCCAACAGCGAGUGUACAAGUCACCUGAGCGAUAAAUAAAAGACCGGAUACUUCUCUCACGAUAUUUGGAGAGGUGUAGAAAGAUGGGGAAACACAACAGCAAGCUUGCUCCUGAGGUGCUUGACGACUUGUCCAAGAGUACAGAGUUCAACGAAGCUGAGCUGAAGCAGUGGUAUAAGGGGUUCCUGAAGGACUGUCCAUCUGGCAUCCUCAAUCUGGAGGAGUUCCAGCAACUCUAUGUCAAGUUCUUUCCUUAUGGCGAUGCUUCGAAAUUCGCCCAGCAUGCCUUUCGUACAUUUGACAAAAACGGUGAUGGUACCAUUGACUUCAGGGAGUUCAUCUGCGCGCUGUCCAUCACUUCCAGGGGAAGUUUUGAGCAGAAACUCAACUGGGCCUUCAACAUGUACGACCUGGACGGAGAUGGCAAGAUCACACGCAUGGAAAUGCUGGAGAUCAUUGAGGCAAUCUACAAGAUGGUUGGGACGGUGAUCAUGAUGCGUAUGAACGAGGACGGGCUGACCCCACAGCAGCGUGUGGACAAAAUCUUCAGCAAGAUGGACAAGGACCACAACGACGAGAUCACACUGGAGGAGUUCAAAGAGGCGGCCAAGAGCGACCCCUCCAUUGUUCUUUUACUGCAGUGUGACAUGCAGAAGUAAGGAAGGAGAGCAGGAAGAUGAGUGAAGUGGGCUGGGGGGUGUAGGGGAGGAGAACCAUGUACAGACUUCUAGAGAGAUGUAGGUGAUAGAUAAUGAGAGAAAAUGUACAUACAGUUGAACAUAAGUUAGACUGCAUGAUAAUCUUGGGAAUGUUAAGGGAAUGAUUAUGGCCAUUUGGAAUGAUUAGUCAAAGUAAUGCAAGAGAGAGUCUUUUCCACCCUGUAUCACACAUUCUGUCUGCUUUCCAGCCUCUAGACAGAGUCAGAAGUUCAAAAGAUUGAAUCCUUAAUAUAAGACAUUUCUUUCCUAAAAAAAAGUCACCUCUAAGCCAACUAACUCUCAGCAUAUUUGAACAAUUUAAUGUAAUAAUUACAAAAAGCAAAGAAAUUUAGCAUUUUUAGGCCUGAAACUGUAUUAGGGAGACACGAUAUAUCAGAUUGAUGAUCAAUAUAUCAUUAAUAUGGUGUAGAAAAAAAAUUCACUCAGAAAUUGCCAGUACAUUUCACAAAUAAUGACAAAUAAAUGGCAAAUAAGACAUAAAUUAAAUGUAAAAUUUAGAAAAAAGAAAGACUGAAAUAGUAUUAACGUAAAACAUUCUAAAAUAUUAAAAUAUUUGUUUUAUUUGUUUUGCUAUGAAAAAUCAUAUUAUUUAGUGUUACUUAUUUUUUUAUGUAUUGGUGGAUAUUAAAAUUCCAUGCAAGAACAUGCAAGAAAAAAAUUUGUAGGGUAAAUAGUGUGCACAAUUUACUAUUCCGUUCCCUCGAUUUAUUAAUUGUGUGCACGAUUUUGUAAUUUGUUCCCUCAUUGUACUAAAACGUGCAGACGAUUACUAUUUUGUUCCUUCGAUUUACUAAUUCAUUCCUUCGAUUUAUAAAUAGUGCACAAGAUUUACUAAUUAGUUUCCUCGAUUUGCUAAAUCGUGCACAUGAUUUAUAAAUCAAGAGAACGGUUUUGUAAAUUGUGUGCACGAUUUAUCAAAUUUAGGGAACAAUUUAGCAAAUCGAGGUAACGAAAUAGUAAAUCAUUCACACGUGCAUGUGCGGGGCUCCCUAGAAAUUACCUGGUAUUCGAGAUACUUAAUAGUUCAUGGUCCUUUCCCCGAUUAUCUUUGCUGUCAUUAACACUCACUUAAAUAUGAUCUUUAGCAAAUGAAUUUCCACUUUUCAUACUGUACAUUUUUAUAUAAUUUAUUUAGAAAAAAUAGAAUCAAUAGAGAGAAUAGAAUUUAUCUAUUAUUCAUUUAUCUACAGAAGCAGUGUCAAGAUUACAAGAACACAAGAAAGAUGGCUUCCGGAAUUUAUCGGUUAUUGCGCAUAACAACAAUUAUCUGCUUAUCGGUAUCGGCCAAAUAUUUAUACCAUGCAUCUUUUUUAUUUAUUUUUAUUUGUAUUUUUUUGCCCGGAUUGAAAAUGUCAGAACAAGAGCAUUACAGAACUACAGAGAGUUCAGGGCAGGACUGAAUCCUUUUGAUAUUUGUGGGUGCCUUCAUAUACAGUGCUUUACCCCAUUAGAUAACACUCCAGCAACUUAUACUGAUACAUCUGUGGAGUUUAAACGCAUUGCCAUAAUCUGACGAUACCAUCAAGAAGCAUAGCCUUCUAAUUGCGUUAUUGGCCGAGAUAAAACUGAUAAGCCAUGGUUGAGUAAAAGGGUGAUAUCGUAACGGCUCAUGCCAGAAAACGAGGAGUAGCGUUAGCUAGAGUUCUGACAAUAUAUGUACAUGAUGACAUUUUGUACAUAAUGCCUAUACACAUGCUUAAUAUGUACAUGUAAAUGUUUCUCUACCUUAGAACUGCUUUCAUAAUCUGACACAGCUGCAAUGAUUUGUGUGGUAACACAAAAAAACCUUACUGUCUGUCUGUGAAACAGGGACAUUAAUGUGUGCAUUUUCUUCACUAUAAUCUGGUGUGAAAGCUGCAGUGUGACUGUGUGGGUUCACGUAAGGGAACACAAAUGCCUCAACCUUUGUAUUAAUUCUUUCUUAUUAUCCUCAUGCCAGUGCUAGGAGUAUUACGUCAUCGUGUUUGUUGUAACCUGGUGUGGCUGGUGAGUUUAUUUAUUUGUAUUUUUUUUUUUGUCAUUAGAGCUUUAGUGUAGUUCAGUCUUUGGCAGUUCAUCUCUUAUUUCAUAAGCUUUGCAGGUGUCACCCAAGGGGAUUUUAAUUGUAUACUCUUGUAAUAUAAGUGGACACAAAUGUAAACCAGAUACAGAAUGUGUAGUACUUGUCAAUGUUACUAUGCCGCAAUACUUAUUAACAUGAGAUUGCUGUUGCACUAUGUAGUGAGUAGAGACAAUACAGCUUUAGUUUAAGACUGCCUCCCUGUGGUGACUUGCCCAGUUAACUCAAACACUAUGAUUUCACUCAGAACCAGGGCUGUCAGGGGGUCGAAGGGGUCCAACUAAACUCCUUAUGUGAUAUAGCCUCUGUGAAUUUUAGCAGGACCCCCCCCCCCCCCCUUUGGUUUCUUAUUGGAAAAGAUUUGGAGAAAUACAUCACUUGCUCACCAAAGGAUAUUCUGCAGGGAAUGGGUGCUGUCAUAAUGAGAGUCUUAACAGCUGAUAAAAACAUCAAGAUAACCCAUAAGUAAGCCACAUGACUCCAGUCAAUAAUCCAUCUUGUAAAGUAACAUCUUAUAAAGCAAAAAGAUGAGUGUUUGUAAUAAACAAAUAAAUUUUAAGGCAUUUUAACUUUAAACUGUUGCUUUUUGCCAAAAUACAUCCAUAAUAAUCCAGUUCACUGCAUAGGAUCCAGUGGUGAGCAAGUGAUGUAAUUUCUCCAGAUUUCUCUUUUAAACCCUAUAAUAUACUUCUAGAUCACAAUGAGGAGGAUCUUACUGGAACAUUGUGCUACAAAAAACCAACGAUUAUUUGAAUUUAGACAUCUUUUUAGCUUUACCCAAGUGACUUAUUUUUCAUUAGUGAAAGGCUGUAGCAAUACUCAAAGAUUAAUCCUGCGAUUCAUUUUGCAGCAUAUCCUGUGAUGUUACAUCUUCAAUAACAGCAGUUUAAGCAAUUUCUUUACUCGCCUAUGAGCACAUUUUGUCACAACUGCUUUUACACUACUCAUAAUCUUGUGAAAUCCUUGUGGGAUGUGUUUCCUGUCACAUUCACACACCUCUGCUGCUGUUUUACACCUCUGCUCAUGAGCGGCAAGUGUAAUCGCUUUCUUAUUAUGUCACAUAAUAGCGUUCUUUAUACUAAGCUGUGCUAACCCUUGUGAAAAUAUGCACUUGUAGUGUACUUCAGAUCUUUUGGGUAUAUUAAAAAAAAAAACUGUACUUGCAGAUAAUAUAAUAGUAAUAAAUUAAAAGGCCAAUUAACCUAAUACACUUAAGUACACUUUGUAGCACUUUCCAAUUAAAACUACAUUUUAAAUCAUUAUGUUAAUAAUCUUUUGUCAUGUUUUUGAAGACACUCUUACUUUGAUGUGUUUAUGAACAUACUAAAGUGCAUGUAAAGUACUUGGUUAAUAUAUUUUAAAAGCCCUUAACUGCAACUUCAUCAUUACAAAUGUAUAAUUACAAAAUUAUUUAUUUAAAUAUGUGACAUAAAAUUUUGAUUAGAAAUUAUUUUUAUUUUAAAUAAUUAAUAUAAAUCCAUGUAUUACAAUAAUGUACUUAAGUUCUACUUAAGUGGGUCAGAUAAAUAACUCUAAAAUUCAGCUAAUUACAUUUAAUGUUAAUUUAAACCGUAAUGUUUCAUUUAAUUGCAAAUAACAUGCAGUUAAGUGUCUGAAAACAUUACAUUCAGUUCACACUUAAGUAUAUUAAGUACUCUUUUUUUAAAGUAUGCUAAUGUGUACUUCUUUUUCACAAGGGAAAAUUUAAUUUUAUUGGCCACUUUUACUGAAUUUUAUCUUAGACUGCAAUUCAGAGCUGUACCAGCGUUACUCAAUAUAUGGUCUGCAAUCUUUCAGACUGACCAUCUGACUAUCUAAUGAUUACUGUGAUUAGAUUACAUAAACGCAGUAAUGGUCAUGGGUAAUGAUUUUGGGAAGUGCAAAAUGGGUCUUAUGGAUUUUGUGCAUUGUCCUGAUCUGCCAGUGAGCUGAAGUCCAAUAAGUUAAUUUCUGUGCCAAAGACUCAAUAAAACAUACAAUUCAUUAAGAAAUAAGACGUGUAUACACAUUGAUGUUCUGAACUUGCACCCAAUUGUUGAAAAUGUAUUAUGAUUGCAUUAACAUUUAUAUUACAGCUUAAAAAUGUGUGUAACCUUCCACUGCAAAUUCUGAUAUUGUCCAAAAAUGAUAACAUUGAAAAGGGAGUAAUUGUGUCCAAUUGUGCAAUACAAUGCUUUCUGUACUGUAUGUGUGCUGUGCAUUUGUAAAUGUCUCGUUUCUGUUCACUUUUUCAAUAUCGUAAAGCUCCUGGAACAAAGAUGUGUAAUUAUUUUUGUUACAUAGAGAAUUAAAUAUGUGGAUGUCUACUGAA